AUGCGCCGUUUCUGGCGCUUCGCCACCUUCGCCACCUUGCUGGGCGUGCGUGGCGUGCGUGGCGUGCGUGGCGACUGGCUCUUGGAACAAAACCCCAGUUGUUGGACAGAUGGAUACAGCUAUGCACGUUGCUGCGGCCAGCAAAGUGCACCUGAUUGCUUUCCAGGUGGGCCUUUGCCACAUACCCGUGAACGUUGCUGCAGCAGUCCCUGUGGUCCAAAGCUGCGGCGAAGGAUCAAAGAACUUCCAAGAACUGUUUGUCCAAGGCGGCGUUUGUCGAAUACGACCUUGGUGACUGGCUUGUGGAACCUCCACAGAGAGGCAUGGCCUUCGCACGCUCGCUACCAGGAAGGGGAUGGGCAUUCGUUCAAGAAGUAUUUCCAGUGGAUGGAGCAAUUGCUGCAAAAGCCGCAGGCUCUUCUAAUCUUUGCCGAUGCUGAGACCAUUGCCUUUGCAGAAAAGCACCGCAGAAGGCACCGUAUGCUGACCUGUUUGGUUGAGGUGCCGCAAGAGGAUUUGCCACAGAUGCGCUGGAAGGAUGCCUACGAAGAGGCACAUGCUGAGAACCGUCGCAAACUGCCUGGUGACAUGCGUCCUGAAGUGAUUCAAUCCACGUAUACCAUGGUGGUGAACUCAAAGCCAGAGCUCUUGGCUUGCGCAGCGCACUGGAAUCCUUUUCGCUCACAGACCUUCGCUUGGGUGGAUGCUGGCGUUGCAAGGCCCGUGGUUCUAACACCAACAUACAUCAACAAUCCAAGUGCUGAACGUGCUGAACGAGCUGCGUCCUCCGCAGCUCUGAAGUUUGCAAGACUUCAAAAGGAUACAAAUCACAAUUUGGAGUUGGUCAGCCUUGUCGCCCAUGGAGAGAGUGGCUUUGUUUGGCGUGGCAGGAAGAAGAACGACGGCAACCACAGCGUUAUCGUAAAAUUCCGGUGUUGCAAAGACUUGUGCGAAGGCGACAAUGUUUGUAGAGGACAGAAAGUGGUGAAUGAGAUGAAAGCUGAAUGUGAAGCAGGCUACGCGGCAUUUCAACGCGCUCCCGACUUAGUGGCCGCUUGCGUGGAAGACUUGGAGGAGCUCCGAGCAGAACCGCGAAAAAAGCCGUUCAUCGUCUUAAAAGACGUUGGGCACUACUUGAAUGCGCAAGAAACUCUGGAAGAAUUCCUCCGUCAGGAUCAACUCAGCAAUCACUUGCUUCUCUGUCACCUCUUGCGUGCAGUCCAUGCCUUUUUGGAUCCUGCAGAUGGCUGGAGUUUGGUACACAUGGAUUUGACCACUGCGAAUAUCAUGUGGGAUCCGAGGUCUUUGACUUUGCAGCUGAUUGAUUUCAGCCAAAUGGACCUCUGCACGGCAGUUGUCGCGACAAGAACUGGAGUUCGUGGUCACUGUCUUCCAAAGCAUUACUUGAAAGACCUCAAGAAGGAGUUGGUGCAUUUGGCAUUGCUGGCUGACGUGUACGGAAGCUCCGCCCAGGAGGUUUGUUUCAAACGAAUUCGGCAGAUGAAUUUUGAGAAAUCCAGAGCCCAACGACAUGCCACAGAUGAUUUUGUCGCCAAAUCAUUGGGACGGACCUGUUCCUCCUUGAUCUCUUCCUGGACAUGGAAGUUUCUACAGUGGAUGGGCGAUUUGGACCGUCGCAUUGUGGAACUCACCGCCUCAAAGGGAUUGAUCCCUGUGGCAGAAGUCUUCCAGGCCGAGCAGUAUGAAACAGCUCCCUGGAGCUUGCUAGAAAUGUCAAAGAUCUACAAGUUGGUGGACAGCGACCCAUUGUGCUGCCCGAAUGCAAUGCUUGGGAAAGGGGCGGACGCGUUCUCAAAUUGUUUGGUUGUUGUGAAGGUCGGGAGGCGCAUGUGGCUGAUCUUUGACUUUCGCGAGAAAUUGAAGCGACUGCAACAUGGGACAACCUAUGAUUCGUCUGUUCUACUAGGAGGCCGUGAAGGAGUUCUGCUCUACGCUCUGUGGUUCCAAUGGGCCAUCGAGCGCUAUUUGGCAGAGAAGGUCAUGGACGAUGAGCAAAGUAUCAUCGCGGAGAUUUGGUGGACGGGCCUAUUUCGGAUUCAAGGUUUCUACGGAAUGGGUUGGGCUGAGGUCUUGGCACGAAUGCUGAUGGCAGAUGCGCCUGUGGGCACUGGAGGCACGCUGCUCGUUUGGGGCGGUGGUUUGGUGACACUCCGUGUCUUGAUCAUCUCCAGAACUUUGCAGCAUGCCCAUGGCACGUCAUAUCCGCAGUGCCUUCCAGAUGCAGUCCCCGAAAGUGAAAGAAAAAGCCUGGUCGGCGAGCAGGGCUUGUACCCCAUCGGCAUUUGGGUCAAUGGUUGGCCUGCUGGAUAUGUGACUGCAGCAGUGGUGCGCAUUCUUCUGGCAGAAAAGAUUGGUUUCAACACGGUGGAAAGAGGCCCUGGACCAAGCACUGUGGACGGAUUCUAUGCCCUCACAGGCUGUGCGACUCCGACCAACGUUCAGGACCGUGGAUGUUCCGCAUCUAUGACGACACAGAACCACAUCAGCGUCGAGGGCUGGACCGAGGCAUAUGCUUCAACGUGGGCAGCCAUAGAGCGUGAUUAUCCGCAAAAUGCACCACAGAACCUGGGCAACAUGGGCUACUUGGGCAAGACUUCCAUGUACUUGCCAUCCAACAUUCAACAAGCUGCGUACAACGAAGAAGGUCUGAUCUUGGAGUUCUACCGAGGCUUCAAUGUCAGUUGGACAUCUGCAGCCAAGUAUUUUGAUCCACCGAGCUCGGUGGACAAAUCUUUGUUGAAGCCUUGUCAGGAAACGCGGCUUAUGGUCAGCCAGGCCAUGACGCAUUACGUGGAGUUCACAGCGGACUGGGAUGGCGUAGAGACGGUGACUGCGGAGACAGGCACGACGAUCAAAGGCAGAUGCUGGGAUGGUUACUUCUGGUACCCACCGGCAUGCCGAGAUGAUGCAUCAAAGUGCGUGAUCUUCUUCACCGGAGGUUGGAACAUGGAAGAAACGAUGCAGAAGGCAGCGGGUUGGAACAUGCCUUUGUCUCCGGUUGUUGCAAUCGAUUGGGACCGCUUCACCAAGCUGCCGCUGCAACAUCGCAGUACUUUCUACUGGUGGGUGCCUGAUCCAACCUUCCUUUCCUUGAAUCCCAUGGAGAUUACCUUCCCUCCGUUUGAUCGAACAGCAUUUGCGCGUGGAGAUCAACGAAAUUCCCUGUCAGCUUUAUCUAUAGAUAAGUAUGUCAGCAAGGACCUGCAAGCCUUGGCUCCUUCUGCAGAACAACUGGUUCGAAAUUUCCUCAUUGACAUGGAAGCUGUCAAUGAGAUGCUGCGAGAUCAGCUUCAAACAGGGGGCUCGCAUUCUGAUGUAGCUUGUCGAUGGGUUCAAAGACAUGCGGAUAUUUGGCAAACUUGGUUGCCUGACCCCACCAAGUGCUUUGCCGGCUUUGGCCUGUAUCAUCUAGCAACCAAGAGCUUCAUGCAAGAUCGGAGCAAUACGAGUGGGUUGACCUGCCAAGCAUGUCCGUCAGGUAGGUUCUCUUCUAAAUUGAUUGACGAGGAUUUGACUUUUGUUUGUCGUCCUUGUCCAUCGGGCAGCAAGCAAGCUUCGGGUGCUUCGUUGCAGUGUGACCCUUGCAAUGCGGGGGAGUACCAGGAUGUGAACGGCAGCACGUCCUGCAAGCGCUGUCGGCUUGGUCACUACCAAGAUCAAGAAGGUUUCACCGGAUGCAUAAAGUGCCCCCUGGGCACUUCAACCUACAGUGUCGGUGCGGCAUCGCUUCGUGAUUGCGUAUGCACAGAAGGCACCAUAGACACGGAGACGUCGGCCAACAUUUCUGGUGACAGUUCAGGCCAAGGUCAGGCUCACUGCGUGCCAUGCAGUGAAGGUUUACAUUGCCCCCUUGGAUCAAACCUUACAUCAUUGAAGACAGGAGAGUCGAUUGUGGGCGAAGAAUUCGUUCCAAAGCUUCUGAAAGGAUAUUUCAGCACGGAAGAAAAGCCCAUUGAAGUUUUCAAAUGCCAGAGCUCAGAGCAUUGCCUUGGCGGCAUGCCUGGACAGUGUGCCGGUGAACGUGAAGUGACUUCGAUUCCCUGUGCAGAUUGUCCUCGGGGGACAUCGUGGAGUGGUGAUGAGUGUGUUGUUUGCUCUGGUGGUGUCGGUGUCAUGUGGUCUUUUGCUUGCUGCUUGUUCUUUCUUGGUCUGACCAUUGCCUUCUAUGUGAUGAGCCCAAAGAUAGCCGCCACAGCAACACCAGUGGAAGCGAUGGGGAUGAUUGUUGGCAUCACUGGAUGCUUAUGUCAAUCCAUUGCAAUUGUAGGGUUGACCACGGUCACGUGGCCAGAGGCGUUCAAAGCUAUUGCUGGUCCGUCUCAGGUGCUCUUGCUUGACCUCGAGGGUUUUGCCAUCACAUGCUUCAUCAGUGUACCUACAUCACUGCGCUACAUUGGGACCACUUUGCUUUUCCCUGCCGGGGUUCUUUGGUUACUCCUUUGCUUCCUCAUGACUUCAUGGUUGCCAUGGCUUCGCAAGUUAUGCAAGAUCAAACCGAAGCAAUCAUGGGUCAGGACAAUGAACGUCAUUGGGCAUUUUUUGCAAGAGGGCUUUGGUACCAUGAGCGCGUUGGCGUUGAAGCCUCUGAUGUGCUAUGAGCAUCCGAAUGGGGAACAAAGCCUGCUGAAACAUGCAGGGGUCUUUUGCAAUAGCGGGGAGCAUUCGGCGAUGAUGGUUACCGGCCUGGUGUUGCUCAUUUCCUUUGUAUUGGGCUUCUUAGGGGUGUGCACCUGGGCAGUAUGGAACAUUCCCAAGUGGAGUAUCAGCAAGACUCAAAGAGUUGCUGGGUUUUCAUUCUUGGUCAAUCGCUUCACGAUGUACCGCUGGUGGUAUGGGGUGCCAAUUUUGGCUCGUGGGACAUUGCUGUCAUCGUGCGUAGUUAUUGCAACAGAUUUCCCUCCAGCCCAAGCAGCAAUGGUAACGCUUGUCAUUUCAUCAUUCUUGUUGUCGCACAUGCGAUUGCUGCCUUGGAAAACUCCGGUGGUGAAUUUGCUAGAGGGCUGGGUCCUAUCGAUGCUGCUGUUUCAAGUUGCUAUCACGCCAACAUUCAAGGGAGGAAAGCCUUCCGAUAUUGAGAACUUCAAUGAAAGAGUCUCACUCAUCUUGCUGUCUUCAAUCGCAAUUUCGCUGGCCCUUAUUGCCUUAGCUGUGGCGCUGACAAUUCUUUCUGAAUUGACAGCGAGAAAAUGUGCAAAUGGUGCAUUCACCGGCGAUUGGGUGGUCCUGAACUUGGGUCGACGGCCAGAUAGUCAAGUGCUCCUGGAGAAGAUCAAGCAGGUGGCCCAAGAACUUCUUGCAGUCGAACCCGAAAUUGCUCACAAAGGAUUUCUUUCGCUGCAUCCAGGGGACGUUGCGCGCAUCUCUGAUUCCAUCGACAUGAUCUCUACAGACCUGCUUGGGACGUACCAUACGAAUGCCAUUUCAAUGAACAGGGUCAUCACGUUUUCGACGGCCCAUCAAAGGGUGCGAGCCUCCUUGACGCCGGGUGAAGUUGCUGAGGGAUUUGACGAAGUUUCCGACCAAUCUUCCAGCGAAGUGGCCAGCGAAGCGGCUAGCGAAGUGGCCAACGAAGUGGCCAACGAAGUGGCUUCAAAACUCUUCAAGAGCCACCCAGCCAAAGGCAAAGGCGACUCUUAUUUGGCGCUGCUUGGCCUUGACUUCAAGUUUGUUGAAGAAAGAGUUGUGAACCAAAUCACGGACGAAGAAUUGGAGCUCAUUUUGUUGUCGGCGUUUGCUUUGGAAACCAAGGAUUCCGAGGCUCAAAGUGCUUUGCGAAGAGCGCAAGGAACUGGCGUCAAAAAGGUGACAACAGCCUCCAGGAGCGAGCUGGGUGGAACGAGGAAAUACGACGGCGGAACAGAUGAUCGAGUGCAGACUGCUGCAGCAUUUGUGACGCUCCUUCGUGAGCUUGGUCAGGAUGAGAAGGAAGUCGCCGCUUUACGCUCUGGGCUGGCACACUAUAUGUCCUGCUUCGAGGCGCAAAUCAAUCGAUCCAAGACAUGA